GACUUUUGAAGCUGUCAAUGAAAUUCGAUUCAAUUGUUUCAAAUUACAUAUACAAGCAAUAAUUUGUUUUGCUCCUGAAACAUAAAGAAAAGUUUCUAUUUCUAUGUUAUAAUUCAACAGUUUUGAGUUAUGAAUUCAAUCGAAGAAAUUAAAUUUCCCUGGAGGAAUGAGAUGGCGCUUAUUAGCAACAACAUUGACCAAUGUAGUUUUUGCUCUGAUGUAUGCAACGAGGAAUUACGUUACGCACUUGUUCCCACUUAUUUUCAAGAGCAGAAACUGAAAACUAUUCCGCAGAAGUUGAGCAGUUUCGCCACCCAGCUAAGCAGCUAUCCUACUUGCGAAAAAUGUCGCCAAGAGUUCAUAACCGUCCACAACAUUCCAGAGAUUUGCUUCCUAAUUUUGUCCAGCACUGAAUCGACUGCCAUCAAAAUGGAGCCAGAGUUAAUGAUUGAUGACCACAAGCUGUCGAAUAAUGAUAACAUUAUCGAAACAGUUCCAAUUGAACAGGAAGCCGAAACUCAAUUCAAGGGACAAAAUGGAGAGCUGUUCUCGAUCAGAAAAAUGGACGAAGAAGACGACAAUACUUUAUUGAUUCCGGUUGCAAUAACAAAUAAACAAAGAAAAGGUGAUUUGGGAUGCUUCGCAGAAGGAAAUCGUCAUAAUUAUAAGAAAGACUUCAUAGACAAAAGACAGAACCCGUUCAAAUGUGACAAAUGCGGAAAAAUAUUUUACACAAAAUCCAAACUCAAAGAGCACUUUCGAAUUCAUACGGGUGAACGUCCCUAUUCGUGUCCACAUUGUCCAAAGGCGUUUAUACGUCCUUUCGCGCUCAAACUUCACAUUCGAACUCAUACUGGUGAACGUCCCUAUUCUUGUUCACAGUGUCCAAAAGCGUUUGUGAGUGCUUCGGUCCUCCGACACCACAUUCGAACUCAUACUGGUGACCAUCUCCAUCUUUGUCCACAUUGUUCGAAGUCGUUUAAGCGAAUUUCAAAUCUUAAUAUGCACAUUCAAACUCAUACGGAUAAACAUCCCUAUUCUUGUCCCCAUUGUCAGAAGACGCUUAUGGAUUCUACAAAGUUCACACAGCAUAUUCGAACUCAUACGGGUGACCGUCCCUAUUCUUGUCCACAUUGCCCAAAAGCGUUCAACCAGUCCUCGACGCUGCAAUGUCACAUUCGAACUCAUAUGGAUGAAUAUCCCUUUUCCUGUCCACAUUGUCCGAAGGCGUUUAAGCUUUCUCAAACGCUUAAACGGCACGUUCAAACCCAUUCUUGUGCAGAUGAACGUCCCUAUUCUUGUCCACAUUGCUCGAAAGCGUUCAACCAGUCUUGGACGCUGCAAUAUCACAUUCGAUCUCAUAAGGAUGAACGUCCCUAUUCAUGUCCACAUUGUCCUAGAACAUAUAGGCAAACUUCACAUCUCAAACGACACAUUCGAACUCAUACGGGUGAACGUCCCUAUUCUUGUCCACAUUGCCCAAAAGCGUUCAACCAGUCUUCGACGCUGCAAUGUCACAUUCGAACUCAUAUGGAUGAACAUCCCUUUUCCUGUCCACAUUGUCCAAAGGCGUUUAAGUUUUCUAAAACGCUCAAACGGCACGUUCAAACCCAUUCUUUCACAGAUGAACGUCCCUAUUCUUGUCCACAUUGCUCAAAAGCGUUCAAUCAAUCUUCGGCCCUGCACUGUCACAUUCGAACUCAUAUGGAUGAACGUCCCUACUCAUGUCCACAUUGUCCUAUGACUUAUAGGCAAACUUCACAUCUCAAACGACACAUUCGAACUCAUACGGGUGAACGUCCCUAUUCUUGUCCACAUUGUUCACAAACGUUUAUGGAUUCUUCGUCGCUCGACAGACACAUUCGAAUUCAUACGGGUGAACGACCCUAUUCUUGUUCACAGUGUUCAAAAACGUUUAUUUGUUCUUCGACACUCCAAAAGCACAUUAGAAGUCAUACAGGUUGACCUAGAAUGUUUUACUAUUGCUAGCAGCCCCCUGGUUGCAAGCGCGCUCACUUCGUAUAGCAAACCUAGAGUACGCAUAGACAAACUAGUAGAUAGAAAAUGUCAAAUAUUCUGAAUACUGGUCAGAACUUUUAAGAAAAUUUUUGUUUGAUUUGGAGUUAUCGAUUAACAAUGAAUAGGAAGCACACGAAACUGACAAAAAGGUAAGUUCAUAUGUACAGUAAUCGUUCGCUAACUGGUCCUGGUUUAACUGGUCUGCUGUUUAACUGGGCGAACGUUAACUGGUCCUUGGACCAGUUAAAAAGCAGAAUUUCGUAAACAAUCGACGCCAUAUUCAAAUGGAAGAUUUGCUGUGAGGGGCAUUCGAAUGUAAUUUUAAAUGUUAUGAAAGUUGACAUUAUUUUCGCACGACAAAAACAUUGAUUAAACUACAGAAAAACAAUUUUCUCAAAUCAUAUGUCAUACCUGUUGUCGCACUCAAUGCGAAACUUCCAUUGGAAUCCUUUUGUUUAUCCAAUUACAGGAACAAUGCGAAUCAAACAAUUCAUUGAAGUUUCCCUCGAUUUUAUUUGACGUUUAACAUGCCGGACCAGUUAAAACGCGAAUGUCGAUAAGUGGUCUUCCCUUUUCGCCCAGUUAGUGAAUGUUUACUGUAUAUUCCAAUUUAAACGCUAUUGGCGAUCUAACGCAAAACGUAAACGAUCGGUGAGACAUCUGGAUUUUGUUUUUGAACUAAGAAAAUGAUGCUAAUGUAACCUAAAACUCAAAAACAAAUCACGUAUACUUUACUUCCGGGCUUUCCAAGGUAGUUCUCACAUGCAGGAAUCGUGCAUUUUUCUACUUGUGUUUGAUUAUGCUCUCGAAUUUCCUUCUUUAAUUCAACCAUUGUCAACAUUUUUAUAGUUUUCACUACUGAAAGAGGUAAAUAAAUAACAUGUUAUAUAUAAAAUUGUGCAGAAUUAAAUUUCUUACAAACUCAUCGCAAUCAAAUAAUCGUUUAUGACUAUAACAUUGUAAUUUAUGGAAAGAACUACAAACCUACCAUAAGCUCACAUGGCAAAAUUUAAAACCAUUAUCACUUUCACCGCAGCGCCGCCUAGGUGUAGAUUUGUACGUUAGAUCGCCAAUUAAUUUAACCCUUCUAUACUCGCGCAUACGGUCUGGCAUAACGAGAAUCAAUGAAGUGGUUGAAUUAAAUAACUAUUAAAACUGAAUGAACGUGAAGUAAAAAUAUUUUCUGGAGUUGAUAGCUUUUUAUUUAAAUAAAUACCAAAAAAAAUUGAAAAUACUCAAUCGGACUUAAGGCAGCGUGGCGCAAAGCGGUCAAAUGUCUUAAAAUUGCAUGAAGCGUCGAGAUCUAGUGUCACCUCGAAUUUUUUUUUGUCAAAAAUCGACACUCUGGGACUAGAAAAAAAUCUUUGUCAAAAACAAUUUUUUGGGCACUUGGUCGUUUUCCCGUCUGAAAAAUCGAUUUUUGAUAAAAAAAAAUCUUUCGAGGUAACUGUAAGAGCACCCGCAGACUGCAGACUGAUUUGUCGACCGAUAGUUUAAUCGGCUUCUUAAUCAGUACGGAGAGGUAUGCGCACAUUAUGCCGAUUCAGUUGGGUCGGUUUUUGCACCAGAAGGCCGACCCGACCAAACUGUUGGUUGACAGAAAGUCUGUAGUAUGCGGGGGCUCUAAAUCUCGACGUGUCAUGUAAUUUUAUAAUAUUUCGCAUAAAAAAAAAAUCAGAAAACCCCAAUUUCCGGUGAUUCGGUUAAAAAAAAACUCAAAUUUUAACGUCUGCGACACUAAUAAAUUAAAUUCGAAUGAGUUAGUGUUUUGCAUAGGGUAUAUUAUAGUGCAAAUCAACAUUUCGCAGCAAGUUCCGAAUGAAAAAUCGAGCUAACUAUUUUUAUUGGUACCCAAAACCAUGUAGUCCAAAAAAAUUCCGAUUUUGUGUUGUGUGUCGAUUUUUGACAAAAAAAAUCGAGAUGACGACGUUUCAUGCAAUUUUAAGACAUUUGGCAUAAAAAAAAAAUCGAAAACCCCGAUUCCCUUUACCCACCGCUUGGGUGAUUUUUCGAUUUUCAAAAAACUCAAAGUGUGACCGUUUUGCGCCAAGUCCGAAUGAGCUGAAAUUUUGCAUAGGGUGUUUUUUCGAGGUGGUGAACAUUUUGUAUAGGGUAACUUUUUUUAAAUUUGAGGGUCGAUUUUUUCCCAUACAUUCAUUGGUACCCUAGCGCACAGUCUGUGAGUAUACCAGUUACGAUUUUGUGCGCGAGUACAGUAUUAAUUAUAUGCCUAUACAAACCACUCUAAUGAACCGUUGAGGUCGAAAAACAAAUAUAAUUACAGGUAAACUUCGAUAUAACGUUUCAUUUCUCUUUGUACGUUGUAUCGAAUUGUACCGGGUCACAAAUGCAAUUUGUGACCACUGUCACUUGCGAGAACUGUCAAACUCUCAAGCUGGUGUAAAUCAAGGCGCUUAACAUACUGCCAGGUGGGUCAAAAUGUGAAAAACCACUCUACAGCCAUGAAUUUACAGGAUGACAUUAACACACUUCUAAAAUAAAAAAUUAUGAAUGAAAAUUUACUUUUCUAUUUCGAAUAUGUAUUCUAUGCAAUACAGUAUUACGUAAUAUUGAACUGGAAUUGUGUCUGAUGAUGAUUUUAUAUUAUAAUGGCGAGUUUUUGUAAAUGUUGUAUGUUGUGAAAUAUAUAGCCAAAUGGUCAAGAGAGCGUCGUGUUUUAAGUAAUCAAAUCUCCAUUCAAAUUUUAAGAUUGCAAAACUGCCUUCUUUGAAUUUUCCCGAAUUUGACGAUUGUUUCGAGUUAAAUAUGAUUAGCAAAUGGGCGCACCUUGUUCCAUAGAUCUGCCUUGGGCUCACCGAGUAAUUUGAUAGUUUGGUAACGUCCCACAAUCCAAUCGACGAAAAAAACAUCGACCUAACAACGACCGUAGCGCUGUUACCUAUUCACGAUGACGACGAUUAGGUAUCGACAUCUGGAUACGGCAUUAGUUUGUAUGAGGCAAACUAUUCUCUAUCAUAUUAGUCGGCCCGAAUCAGUUUAUAAUUGCUAAAAUUUGUAUGAAAUUUUUUUCUUGGCAUAAUUUUUCCUACUUAAGGUACGUUGUCAUGACCCUAAUUUGAAUUAUUUUCUAUAGACGUUCAGAUAUUCUCAAAAAAACUUGUCAUUAUAAUAUAAAAUUAUCUCAAAACAUAUUUUUUUAUGACGUUUUUUCACCACUUGUAGGCAAUGGUGAUUUUCACUUACAUAGAGUACUAAUUUGAUUAAGGAAAAAUCAUGUUCAUUCAUAAUUUUCAUUUUAAAAGUGUAUUCAUUCCUUCUGCAAAUCCAUACUGUCAUGCCUCUUCCCCAAUAUCGUCAAUGCGAAUAGUUCGUUAGUCGAAAAUACUGAAUAAUUAAACAAACUAAAUGGCGUCACUGGUGGUUCUUUUUUCCACUCCGCUAAACUGUCAUCUCAAACAAAAACAAAUGGAUCAUACAACUGCUAUGAAUACAUUCGACUCGUUUGCUUCCAUCAAUCGGUAAGUGAGAAAGAUUAUUUCUCCCAUCACCACAGUGCGGAUUUCCACUUCUAUCACAGCAGCCAACAACAUCCGUUUUACUGCAGCAGUAACCUCCAACCCCUGUUGGCAACGCCGGGGGACAGCAUCAACUGCAGCAGCAGCAGAAUUUGACCAUGGUAUGGUUUGCGAAGAACUUUCCCCAUUAGAGGAUCCGUGCUUCGCGCACAUUCAAAAAUCCUCUUCAGACACGAAAACUCAACGACAAGGAGGUAUUUAUCAACUUGCUCAGCUGAAUUACCACCCCGGAGGAACCCGAAUGCACUGAUUCCGUAGUAUAGUAGAAUGAAAAUAGGCGAGGUUAGCGAACGUAAUCGCAUGACAUUUUAAUGUUCGCAUUUUUAUCCGGAUCAUACAACUGCUAUGAAUACAUCCGACUCAAUCAAUCGGCGAGUGAGAAAGAUGAUUUCCCUCAUCACCACAUUGCUUAUUUCCACUUCUGUCACACCAGCCAACAGCAUCAGCUUUCCCGCAGCAGUAUCCUUUAAGUCCAGGGUGCUAUUCCGGGGAACAGCAUCAACAGCAACAGCAGCAGGACCUGGCCAUCGACAGUAUUUCGAGCAAUUUUCCCCAUCGGAGAUCCCGUGCUUCACGCACAUUGAAGAAUCCUCCUCAGCCACAUAUCUGUGUCAUCAAGGGCAAGGAGGUAUUCAUCAAUGUACUCAGUCGGAUUUGAAUCGUCAAUCCAGACAACCCGGAUGCACCGAUUCCAUUAUAUACCUUAUUUUUAUUAUACAUGGUUUUUUAUUAUUAUGUUUUCAAUAAAAUGAUUAAAAUCGAUCAAUGUAUUUCCUUUUCAUUUUCAAUAACAAACCAAUACAAACAAGCAGCAAGCAGUGCUGGAAGCAGCGCUGCAAGCAGGUCGACGCCUUGCACAUGUUGGCGAAAAAGUGGCGUCAAGUUGUUCGAUGAAUGCAUAUGAAAGGUCGAUAACUCGAUUGCAAGGUGGCAGCAUUUGAGGUCGAUUGUUGACAUUUCAUCGACCCGAUCUUGGCAGGCAAAACGGAAUGUGGGUAUGCUGUUGGCAACUGGACGCGUUGUUGCUCUCUCUGAAACUAGUGGUACGUUUUACUCAGAAUCUAGUGGACCGAUCUAUAAUUGGCUUGUGAAAAAGUAGAAAUAGCCAAUUUUUUUGCCUGUUUUCAACGAAAGGCGCCAUUUAAAAAAUCAUGAAAAAUUAAAUAUUGGGAUAUCAGAAAACGGCUACGUAACAAUUUUCAUCAUUCAUUUUUACAUGCAUUUAGCAGAGUGUGCACCCGUGGCCGAGUGGUUAGCGUCUCACAUUAUCAUGCCGGGUGUUCGGGUUCGAUUCCCUUUCUGGCCGGGGGAUUUUUCGUCAAAAAAGUUUCCUUCGACUUUGCACUGUGGUCACGCGUAUUCAAGAGCUUGCCCCUCGGAAUACAUUCAAGGCGUGUUAUUUGGCUUAAGAAAUCUCAACUAAGUAUUAAUAAAUGAUGCUAGUUAAUGCAUACGUUGAGACGUAUACGUUAACGUUAACGUUAACGCCAUUCUAGAAGAAGAAGUCAUGCAUUUAGCCAGAUCGAUCAAAUUAUUAUCCACUUAAGCAAGUUGCAAAGUUUUCAU